AUGGGACUGGAUACCAUAGGCUUCGUGGCAAACAUGUCAAGCUUGGUCCUCUAUUUCUCAUUUGUGAUGCACUUUGAUCUGUCUGGUUCUGCAACUACCACCACAAACUACUUAGGUACUGCCUUCUUGCUUACGAUCGUUGGAGGAUUCAUCUCUGAUACGUACAUGAAUCGCCUCAGCACUUGCCUACUCUUUGGCGCAAUAGAAUUGUUGGGAUACUUGUUGCUCAUUGUUCAAUCUCAUUAUCAUAAGCUCCAACCUGAACCUUGUGAUGAGUCUAGGUGUGUUCAUGGUACUAAAGCACUACUCCUUUACGCUUCUAUAUACUUGGUGGCACUGGGAAGUGGUGGAAUCAGAGGAGCAUUGCCUGCUCUAGGUGCCGAUCAGUUCAAUCACGACAACCCCAAGGAACGCAAGAACAUAGCCAGCUUCUUCAAUUGGUUUUUGCUUAGCCUAACCAUUGGCGCUUCAAUUGCGGUCACAUUAGUAGUGUGGGUAAGCACAAAUGUGGGAUGGGACAAGGGCUUCAUCAUCUCCAUGGUUUGUGCUUUUCUUGGUCUAUGUUCUGUUUCAGUUGGAAAGCCAUUUUAUCGUGUUCGAGUGCCAGGAGAAAGUGCCUUAUUAAGCAUUUCACAGGUUUUGGUGGUGACUGUAAGGAACUUGAAGGUACGGCUGCCCCCAAACUCGAGUGACUUGUACGAGAUACAUGACCCCGAGUCUGCAUCAAACAGAGAACGCAUUCCUCAUACAAACCAGUUUAGGCUACUAGACAAAGCUGCUGUUCUUCCUGAGGGCACCAAGCCUGGGAAAUGGAGAGUUUGCACAGUGACUCGAGUAGAAGAAGUAAAGAUCCUAGCGAGGAUGAUGCCCAUCCUUUUGAGCACUAUCCUCAUCAACACAUGCCUAGCCCAGUUGCAGACCUUUACAGUCCAACAAGGGACCAUCAUGAACACUAGCCUCCGUGGUUUUAAUGUCCCACCUGCCUCAAUUCCCGUGAUUCCUCUGGUGAUCAUGUCGCUUCUCAUACCUGUAUACGAAUUCGCCUUUGUUCCUCUUGCGAGGAAACUAACAGGUCACCCAAAUGGCAUAACCCACCUCCAGAGGGUCGGAGUGGGGCUAGUUCUCUCCGCCAUCUCAAUGGGCGUGGCAGGGAUCGUUGAGGUGAAGAGAAGGAAUGAACUUGUCCACAACAAUCACCGGAUCAGCCUCUUCUGGCUUGCUAUCCAGUAUGCAAUAUUUGGGAUGGCAGACAUGUUCACCUUGGUUGGGCUAUGGGACUUCUUUUACAGUGAGGCUCCUCCUGGCAUGAGGUCUCUCUCCACUUCUUUCUCAUUUGUCUCCGUAUCCAUUGGUUACUACCUGAGCACUGUCUUUGUCGAGCUCAUUAACUCGGUAACUGCUAAAGUCACUUUGAGCAAGAGAGGAUGGCUCGGAGGGCACGACAUAAACAAGAAUCAUGUUGAGUUCUACUACUGGUUUUUGGCAGUUCUCAGUGUGCUGAACUUUGCAAAUUAUGUAUUCUGGGCGAAAUGGUACAAGUACAAGAAUAAUGCCCCAAUUGACGAACAUAGGCUGCUGAUUAAAGAUUCCCAGGAUGAAUCAUUAUCUAUUUCAGGUGUGAGCAUUAUGAAUUUUAACUCUAAACAACAAGAACUCCCUAUUGGCCAAGAAGAAAUGAAAAAUGAGACUAACUGAAGUUCCUAAGAUCUCUAUGUAAGGGCUAGAGUCCAAUGUUGAGAAGUUGAUGACUCCAAUAUUAGUUUUACAGGUGAGUACAUAUAUGCCUAAAAGUUGUGUUUGGUGGGAAGCAUAUGAGAUCAUAUCCUAUACUAUAGCAUUUAUGUGUAUUUUCAAAUGAACUUGGGAAUUGCCAUAAUAGACUAGUAUGAAUCAAUUUAAAUAUCAGAAUAUCUAUUUCAA